AUGCUGAAAGCGAGGACAGUCCGCAAACCCACUAAUGUCGAAGAGAAAUCUUCUUUCGAUGAGCAUACAUUCGGACUCGAAUACCCGCACAGACUCAACUUCUAUGACAGACCUCCGGCGUUCGACGUGACUUUGGAAGAAUUCGAAACGGCAGCUCUAGACAGACUUCGUGUGCUAGCAGAAAUUGAGUCGUCUGCUGUUCGUGGCAGAAGUUGGGAGGAGACGAAGAGUGUGACAGGGGAGCACUGCAACAAGUACCUACCACUUCAUUCAUCGACCGCGAAAUAUAUCGACCGCGACGCGGAACGGAGGAAAGAUAUACUUGGUCACUUUGUCUUGAGGCUUGCAUUCUCCCGAUCGGACGAACUCAGGCAGCGGUUCCUUAAGGCUGAGUUGACGCUGUUCAAAGUGAGAUAUGAUGAUUCGGACAUGGGAGAGCGGGAGGCCUUCUCGGAGUCUCGCAAUUUCAAUUGGGUCAAGGUGGACGACGAAGAGAAGAAGGCUAUUAGAUCCCAGCUAUUCUCAGUUUACUCAGGGCCAAAGGCGACAAGGGAGGCACUAUUCAAGCAGGAAACCUACCUCAAGGUCAGAUGGACGCGAGUGCCCGACUUAGUGUCUCACAGGAAGGUUUUCCUGAAAGGAGGGUGGGCCUAUGUUCCCUCCCGCGAGCAGUCAAGUAUCAUCUUUCAAGAAUUUGAGUCUCAUCUUGAGCAAGCACUGCUUCUAACGGCUAAAUCCCUACCGCGUCUCGACGAAGAUACUCGUCUAGACCCCAUAUUAACGAAUCUCUCUAAAGGGUUCCUCGCCGGCGUCGCGUCAGGAUGGAACGAUGAUCAAACCGAUAAAGACCAUAUCACAGCAGACAUGAUUGAUAGUCUUUCAAAGCACUUCCCUCUGUGCAUGCAACACUUACACUUCAAACUCACGAAGGAUCGUCACCUUCCCCACUUUGGUCGUCUGCAGUAUGGCUUGUUCCUGAAGGUUCUGGGUUUACCCAUAGAUGAAGCUAUCGCCUUUUGGCGAAGAUCCUUCAGUAAAAUAACCGAUGACGAAUUCAACAAGAAGUACAAGUACAACAUUCGUCAUUCGUACGGGUUGGAAGGGAGAAAGGCCAAUUACUCGGCGCUCAGCUGUUCGCAAAUAUUGAUUCCCUCGAAUAAAGAUUCGAACUGGGUGUGUCCUUACAAGCACUUUGCUCACGAGAACUUGUCGACCGCGCUGGCUGCUCGGUACCAGCUCGCUGGGACGGACCUCUCCGAAGUGAUGGCUACAGUCAAGGCCGGACAUCCACAUGUUGCGUGCACACGAGUGUUUGAGAUCACGCAUGCUGCGCAGGGCAUCAAGAAGGGGGAAGGCAUAGGAGGUGGCGAGAGUGUCACGCAUCCAAACCAGUACGCAGCAGUGAGCAUCGAACUUGAGAAGGCCUCAAGCGGGACCAAGACCGAAGCGAUGGUGGUGGACUGA